GAGAGUUGCACAAUGACUCCCAUGGUGCCUGACUGUGGGGUGCUGACAACUCCCCGGCGAUCUCCACCAAUCAAACUCUUGGAUGAGGAAGAACCCAUCAAGAAGUCUCCAAUGUCUGCUAGCUUUGCUGCAGUCUCUCCACCAAGGUCCACUGAAGCCACUGGAGUCACUCUGAGUAAUGGGUUCAGUUUCAGUUUCUACAAAUCUCCUAAAAAUGUGACAAGUCCCUACAGACGAGUUGAAUCUUUGCCAGUGCAAAGUCCAAGAGUUCAAAAGUCACGUAAAGAUGGUAUAAACAAAGGAGUUGGACACAAGAUAAAGAAGCCUAAAAUGAAAGCAAAAGCAAAAGAACAGAAAAAGAGAGAUGUAAAGACAGUUGCAAAGAGGUUGAAGGAGGGAAAAUUCACACCAAGGCUCCCCUCAGACCGCAGUCCAGUGAAAACUCCUACGCCCCUAGAAAGAAGAAACGUCAUGUGCUCUCGUCCCCUGGCAUGUCUUUCCUGGAAGAUGAGGAUGCUGGUUUCAAUCUCAUGGAGCCAAGUAGCAGCAAGAAGUUUUUCACCAGCCGAUCUAGAGCUGCAGCCACAGUGCAGCUAGGCAAAAACAUUAAGUUGUCUGCCAAAAAUGGUGAUAUCACCUUGAAACAGCGUGUUGGAACAUUUGAGAAGAAAAAUGUUGGGCGCAUUGUUGAAGAUGAACUAAAUCAGUUUAUUGGUCAGUCUGAGACUCAGAG